CCUUUUUUACGUUUGACUAUCUCUCUCUCUCUCUGUGUGUGUGAAAACACCAAAAAACCCAACCAACGAAAAGCCGCUUAUUUAGAGUCAUCAACAAAACACAAUGGACUUUGCCGACCUGUCUAAAUACGACGACCUGUGCAGCGACGUCUUCCUGGAUGCCCUGUUUCUAUGGUUCAAAACCAGCAAGAUGAAUUCAGACCAUCGCCGGCCACGUAUUCCUUCUCACAAGGUGCUGGACAUCAUCCAACGUCGUGUCCAACAAGAAAGAAACCCAAACGAAGCUAUUGCAGAACUGUUAACGUAUGUCUCUCUUUUUAUUAUCAUCAACAAGGGAUGCGGUCCGGUGGUUGGUUGGUGUGUGUGUGUGUACUUUGUGUGGCGGUGUAACCCCCUCCCUCGUUUGUGUUCUUUGUUGCGUCGUGUGUGUGUGUGUGUACGAGCCCUUGUGCACUCUGUGUGUGUGUGUGAGUCCAUGUUAUCCGGAAAAAAAAAUAUCGCAACUUUUUUUUUUUUGGGUGCAGUGCAUGCAACACACACACACACACACACACACGCGUGCUUUUUUUUUAUCGCCUCUUUUUUUUAACAGGAUAAGCACACACACACACACACACUUUUCAAGGAGAUAGAUCGACUACUUUAGACAUU